AUGAAACGUCGACAUAAUGAUACUGUUUUAUCAAAUAAUAUCGAUGAAAAAUCAAUUUUUCGUGUAUUAAUGUAUAGUACUAAAGAGUAUGAUCGAUUAUCGUUUGAUACUAAGCUAAAAUACUUAAAACAACCUGAAAACUAUGAGAUUAAUUAUACUCAUCAGCGUCUUUCAAACGAUUCUGUUAAACAGGCUAAUGGUUAUACAUGUAUAUGUAUUUUUGUCAAUGAUGAUGGAUCACGUGAAAUUCUCGAAAAAUUAAAACAGAUUGGCAUUAAACUUAUUCUGUUACGUUGUGCUGGUUUUAAUAAUGUUGAUCUGAAAGCUGCUGAAGAAUUUCAUAUUGAAAUAGGUUAUGUACCGAGUUAUUCACCAAAUGCUGUUGCUGAACAUGCGGUUGCACUUGUUAUGACGUUGAAUCGUCAUUUACAUCAUGCAUAUAAUCGAGUUCGAAAUGGAGAUUUUCGACUUGACGGUCUUGUUGGUUUCGAUAUGUAUGGAAAAACUGUUGGAGUACUUGGUACAGGUCGUAUCGGCCAAUUUACAAUUCGAAUUUUUCGUGGUUUUGGUUGUCGAGUUCUUGCAUAUGAUAUGUAUAAAAUAAAAGAUGAAGAUCGAAAUAUAUUAGGUUUUGAAUAUGUUGAAUUAGAUGAAAUUUAUACACAAGCUGAUAUUAUUUCGAUUCAUUUACCACUUGAUAAAAAAACUAAACAUUUAAUAAAUACACAAUCGAUAGAAAAAAUGAAAAAAAAUGUUAUUUUAAUCAAUACAGCUCGUGGUGGUCUUAUUGAUACAAAAGCACUUAUUAAUGCUCUUAAAUCAGGCCACAUAGGUGGUGUAGGUCUUGAUGUAUAUGAACAUGAACAAAAAUAUUUUUUCAAUGAUUACUCAUCGAAUAUUAUUGAUGAUGAUAUACUUGUUCAAUUGAUGUCCUAUCCAAAUGUGAUACUUACUGGCCAUCAAGCCUUUCUUACACACGAAGCAUUGUCUUUCAUAGCUAAGGUGACUUUUGAAAAUAUACAAGCAUUUAUUACUGAUGGCAAAUCUUUGAACGCACCAAAGAUAUGA